UCUGUCCCCUGUGUCCCAGCCAUGGCCGAGUACCGCAGUCUGCUGGAGGAGCUGGCCCAGAACAUCACGGCCGAGGACCUGGAGCAGCUCAAGUCCGCGUGUCGCGAGGACAUCCCCAGCGGGGAGGGGGACGCCAUCGCCACCGGCCACCACUGGUUCGCCUUCCUGGAGCGCCACAGCAAACUGGACCGAGACAACCUCUACAUCGAGCACAUCUUCGAGAUCUCCCGCCGGCCGGACCUGCUGACCAAGGUUGUCCAGUACCGCACGCAGGUGCUCAAGAUCUCCGAGGAGGACGAGGUGGACACGAAGCUCACGCGCAUCCCCAGCGCCAAGAAGUACAAGGACAUCAUCCGGCAGCCCUCGGAGGAGGAGAUCAUCAAACUGGCCCCCCCCCCAAAAAAGGCCUGAGCUGCAGGAGGAGCCCCCCCAAAACCCCCCCCAGAGCCCCCUCCCCAAUUUUCACCCCCUGGGGGGGGGGGCUCAGGGGAGGGGAGGGGCACCAAG